AUUUACUUAACAAAUUUAAAGUCUCUUGUCUUUGAAACUAAGCUUGAGUAUGGCCGUUCUAGUACCUCAAUGUUGGGCUCGAUUAAUGCUCCUUCUCCUUCUCAUUGGAGUGAGCAAUGCUCAAUUAUCUUCAAAUUUCUAUUCAUCAUCAUGCCCUAACCUCCUUUCCAUCAUUCGAACAGCCGUAAAUUCAGCUGUCUCGAGCGACUCUCGCAUGGGGGCUUCCUUGCUUCGUCUGCAUUUCCAUGACUGCUUUGUCGCGGGGUGUGAUGCAUCGGUUUUACUGGACGAUACGGCGAAUUUCACCGGUGAAAAGACCGCCGGUCCAAACAACAACUCGUUGAGAGGGUUCGAGGUGAUCGACAACAUCAAGACUCAAGUCGAGGCCGCCUGCCCUGGUGUCGUUUCGUGUGCUGAUAUCCUGACCGUAGCUGCCCGAGACGGCGUUGUAGCUCUGAACGGGCCGAGCUGGGCUAUCGCACUAGGAAGAAGGGACUCGACCACUGCAAGUUUGAGCAACGCAAACAGCCAAAUCCCGGGUCCUGGCAAUAACCUUAACGCCCUCAUCACUGCUUUUUCUAACAAAGGCUUCACCGCUAGAGAAAUGGUUGCCCUCUCAGGAUCCCACACAAUAGGUCAAGCAAGGUGCACCACAUUCCGGAACAGGAUCUACAACGAGGCCAACAUAAACGCGACGUUCGCUACCAGCACAAGGGCCAACUGCCCCCGCAGCGGUGGCGACAACACUCUGUCUCCGCUGGACGUCGCCACGCCAAAUGCCUUCAACAACGACUACUACAGAAAUCUCAUCAGCCUCAAAGGCUUGCUCCAUUCCGACCAACAGCUCUUUAAUAAUGGAUCCACCGACGCUCAAGUCAGAGCCUACUCGACCAAUUCGGCUUCGUUUUUCAAUGACUUUGCCGCGGCCAUGGUCAAGAUGACAAACCUUAGCCCCCUUACCGGCACCAACGGCCAGAUCAGGAGGAACUGCAGAAGGACCAAUUAAAAUAGUUUUCACUUUGUUAUGACUUUGUCAUCACUAAAUUUGGAUGUUGUUUGAGGUUUUUCCUCUGUUUUUGAUUUUGUGUUAUUUGAAGUGAUCAAUAAAGAUUGGUGCUAAGUGUUGUUAA